AUGGAGGAGCACAUGAUCAAGAUGAAGAUGUUUUCAUCAGAUAACUCCAAUAACUUCACACAACAGAGUGCAGAUGGGACGGAAACAGAAAAAAGCCCAGGUAAAGGACUCGGCCAAGGCCUGCUCUGUAAAGUGUGCUCUGAUUCAAGCAGUGGAAAACAUUACGGCAUUUAUGCCUGCAACGGCUGCAGUGGCUUCUUCAAACGCAGCGUGAGGCGGAGACUCAUCUACAGGUGUCAGGCAGGUACUGGCAGGUGUCCUGUUGACAAGGCCCAUCGCAACCAGUGCCAAGCUUGCAGACUGAAAAAGUGUCUUCAAGCUGGAAUGAACAAAGAUGCGGUGCAGAAUGAGAGACAGCCUCGGAGUACAGCUCACGUCAGCCUGGACUCCAUCAACGUGGACACGAAAAAGGAGCACCUGGCCACAACACAGGAGCUCAACUCCUCCGACAGCUACUCGUCGGUCAUCUGCAGGCCGAUGGUCACUUCGUCCGUCAGCACUCCCGCUCCCACACAGCCCUGCAGCAACCAGAACAACAACCACCGCUUCAUGGUCAGCUUGCUGACCGCAGAGACCUGUGCCAAACUGGAGCCAGAGGACGUGGAGGAGAACAUUGAUGUGACAACAAAUGAUUCAGAGAGAGGCCAGACUCCCUUCGACUGUCGCCUGUCUCCGUACACCUCCGGCUGUUCGGAGAGUGUUUAUGAAACAUCAGCGCGACUCCUCUUCAUGUCGGUCAAGUGGGCGAAAAAUUUACCGGUAUUUGCUCAUUUGCCGUUUCGAGACCAGGUGAUUCUUCUCGAAGAAGCUUGGAGUGAGAUGUUCCUCCUGUGUGCGAUCCAGUGGUCUCUGUCCAUGGACAGCUGUCCUCUUCUGUCUCUGCCGGAUGUUUCGCCCUCACAGCAGAGCAGGAGCAGCCCUCACACCGCCGACCUCCAGAUUCUGGAAGAGCUCUUUGGCCGUUUCAAGUCCCUGGCCGUCGAUCCCACUGAGUUUGCCUGCCUGAAGGCCAUCGUCCUGUUCAAGCCAGAGACAAGAAGCCUGAAAGACCCAGAGCAGGUGGAGAAUCUGCAGGACCAGUCCCAGGUGCUGCUGGGCCAGCACAUCCAUUCAGUGUACCCCAGCCAGAGUGCGAGGUUUGGGAGGCUGUUACUGCUGCUGCCGUCCCUCCACUUCGUGAGUUCGGACAAAAUAGAGCAUCUCUUCUUCCGCAGGACGAUUGGGAGCACACCCAUGGAGAAACUGCUGUGUGACAUGUUCAAAAACUAAACACAACUGUCAAACAGCCUCAUACAUUCAAACA